UGGAACUCGUCCACUAACAUUAAACUGCUCACACUCUCAGUCUGUGGAUGCAGUUUAUAUUUGAUCUGUAUGGAAACUGAAUGUCACUGAUUAUAUGGGAUGGAUUACCUCAACUCCACCCAGGUCGCCAACAACCAAUCAGACUUCAGCAGCGUCUUCACCCUCAACGUCCUCCCAACGCUUUAUUUGGUGAUAUGUGUCGUGGGGAUGCCCCUGAACGGCAUUGCCGCCUGGAUCUUCUUCAGAGUGCCCAGUGACUCAGGCCUGGUGGUCUACCUGAAGAACAUGGUGAUAGCCGACCUCUUCAUGCUCGCCACCUUCCCCUUCCGUGUGGCGGCUCAGAUGGGCCUUGGUGGCUGGCGCCUGGAUGUGGUCAACUGCCGCUAUACUGCUGUGGUCUUCUAUUCCUCCAUGUACGUGGGGAUUGUCUUCAUGGGCCUCAUCAGCCUUGAACGCUACGUCAAGAUCGUCCGCCACACCUCGCCGUCCUCCUCCUGCAUUUCCCGGUUGGGCGGGGUGUCCCUACUGCACCUCCUGCAGAGUGUCAGCUUCGCACGGGUGCUGGCGCUCCUCACCUGGAGCCUCCUUGUCCUCUGCGUCCUGCCCAAUGUCCUGCUGACCAGCCAGCCGGCCCACGAGGGGAACGCGCGGGACUGCAUGAAGCUGAAGACGCCUCUCGGCAUGCAGUGGCACCAGGUGUCCAUCCUCUUCAACGUCGGCGUGUUCUGGGUGACCCUGCUGGUCCUCGCCUUCUGCUACUCCUCCAUUGCCUGCCGGGUCUACCAGUCUUACCGCCGAGUGCGGCGCAACAACAGCGACGUCCGCCGGAAGUCGAACCGCAGCAUCUUCAGCAUCCUGGCGGUGUUCUUCGUCUGCUUCGUGCCGUACCAUGUCUGCCGCGUGCCGUACACUCUGAGCCAGAUGCGGCGGUCGGACUUCAGCUGGGACACCCGCUUCUGGCUGUUCCAGCUGAAGGAGGGGACGCUCUUCCUGUCGGCGCUCAACGUCUGCCUCGACCCCAUCAUCUACUUCCUGAUGUGCCGCACCUUCAGAGAGUCACUGCUGAGGAAACUGUCCGGAGAGGGGAGGCGGUCCCUGAGCACUGCCCAGAGUCUGAGCAACAUUUAACAGGGACAGGGAACAGGAGAGGACAAACUUCACCAAACCUCAAAGGUCCAGUGUGUAACAGUGAGGAGGAUCUAUGGCCACCGUAGUUUCUCCUUCACAGAGAAACUGUAUUCAGUUGGUUGCAGACUAUAAAUUCACCACUAGAUGCCACCAAAUCCUCCACACUGGUCCUUUCACCACAAUGUAGUGUCCAUAUUUCAUCCACAGUGUUGGGCAGUAACUUAUUACUAGUAAUAAUAUUAAAGUAACAAUAUUACUUUCUACAGUAACUAGUAGUGUAACUAGCUAAUAAAGAUAAUUAAUUACAAUAUCACAUUCAGCAGCUGUAAAUAUUCCAUUACUUCAAUUUUAACAAACAAAACUGUAUUUUAAUCAUCAUAAAUCAGAAUUUUGGGCAGAAAAGACACAAUUACCAAUUU